ACGAUGCUGCUGAAAGGAAUCUGAGCCACAGAGCAUGCUUUGUGCCACACUUACCCAGGUGCUGAAAGCUGUCUUCAAACUACUUUGUCGAUGAAGGAAGAAAUUGAUUGGAAAUUGAAAGCGCGAACUAGUUCCUAAUACUGUUCAACAUGCGCAAAGGGAUGCCAAAGGACCCAGAAAUAGCUGACCUGUUCUACAAAGAUGAUCCUGAAGAAAUAUUUGUGGGUUUACAUGAAAUUGGACAUGGAAGUUUUGGAGCAGUUUACUUUGCUACGAAUUCCCACACUAACGAGGUGGUGGCAGUCAAGAAAAUGUCCUACAGUGGAAAGCAAACGAAUGAGAAAUGGCAAGAUAUCAUCAAAGAAGUCAAGUUUCUACAACAGCUGAAGCACCCCAACACCAUAGAGUAUAAGGGCUGUUACCUGAAAGAGCAUACGGCAUGGUUGGUUAUGGAGUACUGUUUAGGAUCAGCUUCUGAUUUGCUAGAGGUUCACAAGAAGCCACUUCAGGAAGUGGAGAUUGCUGCCAUCACCCACGGUGCCUUGCAGGGGCUUGCCUACCUGCACUCUCACUGUAAGAUUCACAGGGAUAUUAAAGCUGGAAAUAUUCUUCUAACAGAACCAGGUCAAGUGAAGCUAGCUGAUUUUGGGUCUGCAUCUAUAGUCUCCCCUGCCAAUUCUUUUGUGGGAACGCCUUACUGGAUGGCACCAGAGGUGAUCCUUGCUAUGGACGAGGGGCAGUAUGAUGGAAAGGUGGAUGUCUGGUCUCUUGGGAUCACGUGUAUUGAGUUAGCUGAAAGGAAGCCUCCACUAUUCAACAUGAAUGCAAUGAGUGCCUUAUAUCACAUAGCCCAGAACGAUUCCCCUACGUUACAGUCAAAUGAAUGGUCAGACUCCUUUAGGGGAUUUGUUGAUUACUGCUUACAGAAAAUACCUCAGGAAAGGCCAUCGUCAACAGAUCUGUUACGGCAUGAUUUUGUUCGCCGAGACCGGCCACCAAGGGUACUUAUAGACCUCAUACAAAGAACGAAAGAUGCAGUACGUGAAUUGGAUAACCUUCAGUACCGGAAAAUGAAGAAAAUCCUUUUCCAAGAGACACGGAAUGGCCCACUGACCGAGUCUCAAGAAGAAGAGGAGGACAGUGAGCAUGGAUCAAACCUGAGUAGGAAGAUGGACAGUCUGGGCAGCAACCAUUCUAUCCCAAGUAUGUCUGUGAGCACAGGCAGUCAGAGCAGCAGUGUGAGCAGCAUGCAGGAGGUCCUGGAUGAGAGCAGCCCUGAACUGGUCAUGAUGCAUAGUGACGAGAGCACAAUUAAUUCCACUUCCUCCGUUGUUCAUAAGAAGGAUGAAAAGAGGAUGUUCAUAGUUGAUCAGAUUGGAUAUUAGGAGCUGGAGCUUGAAGAUGGGCAUCACGAAGCUGUGGUAGAUGGCAGCAUGGCAGAUGUGCCAGCCCACACCACGGGCCGGGCUGCAGUGGGAGGCAGCGGGUUGCGCCGAGUGUCCAAAGGCUGCUCCGUCCUGGAGGCGCAGCCCGCGGGUCUUGGCA